UGCAAUGUGUGCACGUGUAUACAGCGGGUACCAAAAUGGCGUUUGAAAGUCACUCUCAAAGCUCGAGUGGAUCUUUUUCUGGGAGCGUAGACAUAGAUAAUCCACCAUUUUCUCGUGUUUUUAUUGUGUGUGGACGUAGUUUAACCUCAGAAGAAGUGAGAGAUGCGUUUUCUGUCUAUGGCACUGUCGAUGAUGUACGUAUGGUCAAAGACAAAGUUACGAAGGAGAACAAGGGAAUUUGCUUCGUGAAGUUUUCGAAAGCGUCGUCUGCUGCUAUGGCUAUUGAAUAUUUGGACGGGAAAGUUAUUGGAAAUGAUUCCAAGCCAAUAAAAGUAAGCUUUUAGCACUGUUUUUGUGUUGAUAUAUGGCUGAUGUUUAUGUAUAUCUCAGUAUGUAUGCGUUCUAUAAUUAUAAAUGUAUUUGUUCCCCACAUAAUUUUUCCCACCAGCAUUUUUGAUGAGAAAAUUUCUUCCGCGAAAUGCGGGCAUGGAUGCUCUGCCAUUUCGUAAUUCGUCGAAUAAACCUUCCAGAUUUUACCUAAUUAAUUUACUUGCCAACAAUGUCGCAUGUUUCUGCAAAUCAAAGGCACCAGAUACUUCCUGCUUUGCUUCCCAUCUGUGGUGGGAGGCUGUUAAAAUCCACUAUCAUGAUUUAUAAUAAUUUUAAAACUUAUUAAAAUAUAUGAUAUGCAAUAAAGUAGCACUGUAUUGAACUGCACUCCUCUUUAUUCAUUACUCUCUUACAAAAGUAAGAGGGUUUUUUAAAGAACGAAGCAGUAAUGUACAGCACUAUAAACAUGGGGGAAGGGUCAAAUAUGCAUUUCUGACGUCUUAAAUUAAAUUAAAAAAACCCUUCUCACCUGGCCUAUGCACAGACUAAUUUCUAGGGAGGACUCUUGCAAUCCGAAUUGACCAUUUGCGUAAUAGACUAAAUUUUGAACUAAACAAGUCUAGACAAAAAUUUCAUCACAGCUUGAAGGAGCAUCACAAAAUUAGUAAUAUUCCAAAGUUUUGUUGCAAAAUGUUGUAAAAUGCGGAAAAUAUAGCCUUGCGAAAUUUGCAUUUUCAGUCAUUUUAGAUUACAAACGGGAAAUUGACAGCCCCAAACCCUUCGAGGCUGUCAAUUUCCGGUUUGUAAUCUAAAAUGACUGAAAAUUGCAAAUUUUGCAUUUUACAACAUUUUGCAAUGAAACUUUGGAAUAUUACUAAUUUUGUGAUGCUCUUUCAAGCUGUAAUGAAAUUUUUGUUGAGAUCAAAAUUUAGUCUAUUAUGCAAAUGGUCAAUUAGCACUUCCAUGGUUUUUCCAGAAUUUGUGGGAAGGCAUCUGAUUGGAUAGUCCUUACCCACUGAGCAUCAGGGCUCUUUCCUUGAUGAGUAAGAUUGUCUGUCAUUGGACAGAGAAAAGUAAUAAAGUAGGAUGCAUUUAUAGGAUGCAAUGCAACUUAAGGGUUAACUAAUCUAACUUAUAGAAUAUGAUAUGCAGUGGGCAUGUUGUAAAACACCGACUGGACUUUGGAAUUUGGAUGUGUAUCAUUGUAGUAAAUCAAAGAAUUAUUUGGACAUAAAUGUUUUACAUAGUCUUGUAGUAAACUUGUGGUUCUAUGUAUAGACAAUAAAACUAUCAGGUUGAAUCUGAAUCAGAUAUUGAUAUUUUAUCACAGUGUAGCAUGUGUUUUUGUUACUAUGGUUGCUGAUGUAUUGUUUACAUGGUGACAGACACUUGUGACUGCAUAUUUGCCAUCUGCAUUUUUUAUAAGUGUCUGAUGAUCAUGUCCGACCAAAACAUGGGUUGGUCUGACACAAUGUCAGACCAAGUUUUCAGAAUUAUAUUUAACUCUGUAGCCAAUAGCAUUCCCUUAUUUGUAUAGAUCAUGUAUGUGUGAUAUUUGUAAAAUUUCAACUUUUUCAAGUUUCCAAAUGUUAGGGUGUCCAGAUAAAAAUGGAUUUGUUUUUUUUUGUUUUUAUUAUAUAAAACAAAUAGAUAAGAUUUUGUCAUUGUCUGUUCAGUUAUAGAUACACAAUAGGUCGUUCCAGAAAAGAUCCAUACUCCCCCCAUGGAGGAAAUUUCUGCCGUCCGGAGGGGAAGGGGAGAAAAAAUUGUUUCUGAUAAUAGUAAAUGUAUUAGGACAUCCGAAGGGGGUAGGGGGGUUAACUUCCUAUUUCCUCCGUGGGGGUGGUAUGGAUGUUUUCUGGAAUGACCCAAUAUGACAUCAUACUGUGUAUCUAUAACUGAACAGACAGCAGCAAAAUCUUAUCUAUUUAUUAACCAGAUCAUAUUUGUUAUGUAACUACCUGUCAAACAAGCACAGCAGUGCACAUUCAAGUGGGAAUACAGGAAAGUAAAAUUAAAGAAUGAUAAUAAAUGUGACUCUUUUUGAUGGCAAAUAUGUCGCCUGAAUUUCAGACAGCCACUCGUUGAGAUUGAGACUCCACAAGUGUCUCCAUGCAUAUCGCCAUGUAAACAGCACAUCAGCAAUGAAAACACACAUGCUACACUACGAUAAAAUAUCUGCUCGAGAUUUGCGGUGAUGUUUUACACAUUGAACCACAAGUUUACAACAAGACUAUGUAUUGGCAUUUCUAUAACAGGCAAAAUCUUAUUUGCACUCGCAUGAUUUUGCAAUACCAAAUCAAUACCAAUUUCAUAUAAAGUGACUGUACAAUAACAAAUGAAGUAAAUUCCAUCAACUCACAUCAAAAACAUUUGUGUCCAAGAAAUUCUUUGAUUUACAGAGAUAUACAUGCAAAUUCCAAAUGAACAACCUCCAGUCUGGAUUUUACAAGUCUAGUCCAGUCUGCAUUUUAUAAGUGCAGUCCAGUCCACAUUUUACAACAUGCCUAUACAGUGCACAUUACAUUUAGGCCAGCAUAAUGAAGUAGUUUUCUGUUGCUUUCUAAAAAAACACCUAUAUAAAAUAAUAAAUAGUGAAGGGCAAAUGUACUGAACAAAUAAAUUAUGGGCCUCUGAAGUGCACUUGCCCCAUUUAUAUUUUGCUCGUCUUCCCUAAGGGGUUGUCCAUUUAUAACUCUCAACAUUUUCACAAGUGUACAGAGAAUUCUCCUUUUUAAUAGAUGGUUGUAGCUGGCCUAAGAAAAAGUUUCCUUUGAACAGCAACUUGCAAGCUUUGUACAUUUCUGUUGUAUAGAUUUUGAUACUUUUUUUGUUGAAAAGAUGCUGAAUGUUGAGUACAGUAUAUAUGUUUGCUGUGUCCACGAAAAUAGUUUGCCAUACAGUAUGUCCGGAUAGAUAGUUUUGACUAUUUUGUGGAUGGAUAGUUUUGUGGGGGAGUGGUCUAGGGAGUCUUAAAGUCCUCUAAAUUAACAAGUGUACACCAACUGAACUCUGUACCAAAUUAUAAUGUAUCACUACUUUCAUUCUUCAACAAGAUAACUUCAAGAUUUAUAAUGGCAAACAACUAAAUCAGUUUAAUUACAAAAUAGUAUGUCCUUUUUUAAUAUAACCAGGCUAUAAAGUGGACAAGGUUGAGGAAAAAUAACUUUGUUUGAAAGCUUAGAGUGGAGGAAGGAGAGCAGAAUUGAUAUUUCAAGUACUAAUUAAACAAAGUAACUGGAGGUAAACCUCGUGGAGACGUGGCACCUGCCAGAGCUACCAGCUUAUUUUGAAAGCCCUGGCUUUGUAUUAUAAAUAUGCCUGUGCAGCAAUGCAUAUUGUUGUUGUCAAUGAAGUAGCCAAUAUUUUAUUAUGAACCAAUGAAGCAAAGCAUUUCUUACAGGUAACUUGAGCAAUAUUAUGGCAAAUGUUGAUUAUAUGUUUAAUUUGGCAUUAUCCCUCACUAGACCCUUAGGAAUUUUUUUCAUGUAAAGUUAAUUAAAACAUAUUUUCACCACUGUGGUUGGAGCGAGGGUAAUAGGAACAAAAUUUAAUGUUGGAAAUGGUUUCUACUAUUUCCUUGCAAAUUUCACAGUAAGUACUGUAAUCAGCAGCUUUUCAUAGUAAGUACUGCAAUCAGCAGCUUUGCAAAUCAAAUCUCAAUAUGAAAAACAGGUUUAUGGUGAACAGAAUACCCUACAAUUUUUUAUCUUCACAUAGUCCAAAAGGUUAAAAAUGAAUCUAUCAUUGAAAAUAUUGAGUGUUGUUGAGUGAUGUAAAGUUGUUAUCAAAUGUUUCUUCCAUGCCUACCCCUGGUUGAAAAGUUCUACCAACCACAUAGCAAAAUACAGCAAAUCAAACCUGUGUGCUAUUAAUCUAAUCAGCCUCAGGGCAUUUCUAAUAUUUCGUGGUUGCGCAGAAUAACAACGGAGAUUUCAAACGGAAAUUUCUUGGGUUUGCUCAGGCACAGAGAACACUUUCCACCAAGUAUAAACCGACUGUCUCUGAGUAUCUCCACACCAGCUAAUUGCAAUACCGCAGUGGGAGUCAAACCACGACCAUUGGCUUGCAAAUCCUAUACUCUACCAACUGAGCUACGAAAGUCCAGUUGGUUCGAGUAGAUAAUAUUUCAGAACUCAAUCUAAGUAACUUAUUUUUAACAUAAAAAUCAUUGGCUUGAACUGUAUAUUCAAAGUGGUUAUAAUGGCCACUAUUAGUGAAUCCUUGUGUACUAUUAUGUUCGUCUUAACCCAGCUGUGAAAAGGGAAAUUUUUUAGUUGAAAUAUUCUUUAAACAACAGCAUGUCGGCUUUUAGGAUAAUUUUUCACUGCAAGUCAUCCUGAUAUAGCGGCGCAACGAUAGCUAGAUCUAAAUAAUCUCUUGAAUUAACACCACAGAAAAAAUUAGGAAAAAAAUAAAAUAUUACCAGUACUCACAGUAGCUACUUUGAAUUAUACGCAGUAAUCCUAAUUGGACAUCAAAUUUGGCAACAUUAUGAACACGCGCAUCUGAUAAGUGUCAAAAGUGAUAUACAGUAUACUCCUAUAACAUGCAUUUAAUUAAUAUAAACUAUAUAAGCGUAUGAUACAUGUUGUAUUAGUGUAUUAUAUUUAUAUGCGAUGCAUAGCGCCAAUGAUUCGCAUGUACAGUAUAACACUGUAACUCCUAUGAUUCGUGAUAUCUAACUCUAUGAUUUUUCUAACUCUAUGAUUCGUGAUGUCUAACUCUAUGAUUCGUGAUGUCUAACUCCUAUGAUUCAUGAUGUCUAACUCUAUGAUUCGUGAUGUCUAACUCUAUGAUUCGUGAUGUCUAACUCUAUGAUUCGUGAUGUAUAACUCCUAUGAUUCGUGAUGUCUAACUCAAUGAUUCGUGAUGUCUAUAACUCUAUGGACUAUGAUUCGUGAUGUCUAACUCUUAUGAUUCGUGAUGUCUAACUCUAUAAUAUGAUUCAUGAUGUCUAACACUAUGAUUCGUGAUGUCUAACUCUAUGAUUCGUGAUGUCUAACUCUAUAAUUCGUGAUGUAUAUAACUCCUAUGAUUCGUGAUGUCUAACUCUAUGAUUCGUGAUGUAUAACUCCUAUGAUUCGUAAUGUCUAACUCAAUGAUUCGUGAUGUCUAACUCUAUGAUUCGUGAUGUCUAACUCCUAUGAUUCAUGAUGUCUAACUCUAUGAUUCAUGAUGUCUAACUCUAUGAUUCGUGAUGUCUAACUCUAUGAUUCGUGAUGUAUAACUCCUAUGAUUCAUGAUGUCUAACUCUAUGAUUCAUGAUGUCUAACGCUAUGAUUCGUGAUGUCUAACUCUAUGCAUGAUUCGUGAUGUCUAACUCUAUGAUUCGUGAUGUCUAACUCUAUGAUUCGUGAUGUAUAACUCCUAUGAUUCGUGAUGUCUAACUCAAUGAUUCGUGAUGUCUAUAACUCUAUGGACUAUGAUUCGUGAUGUCUAACUCUUAUGAUUCGUGAUGUCUAACUCUAUAAUAUGAUUCAUGAUGUCUAACACUAUGAUUCGUGAUGUCUAACUCUAUGAUUCGUGAUGUCGAACUCUAUGAUUCGUGAUGUCUAACUCUAUAUGAUUCGUGAUGUAUAACUCUAUGAUUCAUGAUGUCUAACUCUAUGAUUCGUGAUGUAUAACUCCUAUGAGUAUGCGGUGGUAACAAAAUGAAAGGAAAUAAAAUCUAGAAUUUCGCCUGUCAUUUUACUUUUGAACUAGCAGUUUUGGCCUGCAUGCGAAUGGCCUGCUUUUGCCAAUCCUUGAUGAUAGGGAAUUGUGUACUCUGUUUCAGGCCUACCCCCUAUAUUACAUUAUAUAAUUAUUUAUUGUAUAUUUGAAAUUUGAUUAAAUUGAAUAUUAAAAUUAACAACAGUGUAAUCAUUCAUUGUUUUCCAGGCUAUGAUUGCUCAAUCCAAGACACCAGGCAAGCAACACGACGUACAAAGUGAAUCAGAACUCAGCCGUAUCUUUGUCGUUAUCCCCAAAUCAUUCAAUGAGGACGAUUUGCGUGCGAAGUUCAGCGAUUAUGAUGGCGAUAUUGAUUAUUGCCAGGUGGUAAGAGACCGUGAAACGAGAGAAUCGAAAGGCGUUGGUUAUGUGAAAUUUACAAAACCCUCCACGGCUGCAUUAGCUAUUGAAACCUGCGAUAGGUCCCUGAAAGCCGUGAUUGCUGAACCCAAGUCAUCCAAGUUGAAACAACAGAAAUUGGAAAAAGAGAAAAAUGUCAUGUCUGCAUUUGCUGCUGCCAUGCAAGCCAUGCCAGUGAAUCCUUUCAUGGAUCAACAACAAUCUUUCAACUUCCCCAGCAUCCAUGAUCAAAGUAAUAACCCAACCAAUACCAUGAUGGCUGCUCAAGCUGCGGUUACUGAAGGAAUUGCAAAUCAACUUGCUUCAUCUUUCAGUAAUAAACGACUCUUCGUGAUCGUUUCUCCAGUUGUUACCCAUGAUCAGAUUUCCACCCUCUUCGAUCUCAUUCCUGGCAUGGACUACUGUGAUCUGAAACGCGACCACAACACGCAUGAGUCACGUGGUAUCGCUUACGUCAUGUACAAGUCCAUGGGUUCCGCGAUCUAUGCGAAAGAGAAGCUGAAUGGUUUUGAGUACCCACCCGGUUCGAGACUUGUGGUGAAAUUCGCUGAAGAAAAUACAAGCAAUCAAAAUGGUAAACAAAGUAGUUCUGUUGGUACACAUGCUAUGAGCAUGGCAAGUGAGCAAUCAUACUCUGGGUAUAAUACAACUAACCAGGGGUAUAAUACGUCCACCAGUAUGGCUGGGGUGAACCCUAUGGUAUUUAACCCUAUCCCGGCAACCACACCAUUCUACCAAGCUACCUCAGCUACCAAUACUGGGACAAGUGCACCAUAUACCACUGCUGUGCUCCCAAAUCCACAACCAUUUGCCGACCCCAGUUCUGAAGUUGCUGCCCGUUUGUUCAUUGUAUGUCAACCUCGUGCACCACCAGAGCAAGUCCUGAAAGAUGUCUUCAGUCGAUUUGGAGAUCUCAUUGAUGUAUGGAUGGUUGGUGAUCGUAAUUUUGGUUAUGCUAAGUUUUGUACCAAGGUUGCUGCUGACGCUGCUAUCACUGGCUUGAAUGAGCAGGAGAUAUUGGGUAUGAAAGUGAAGGUCCUUCAUGCAGAUCCACCAAAGAACGAAAGUUCCAGGAAACGACCACGUGUGUGAUGUCGCUGAAGGAAGCUCAAAUGUUAUGUGAUGGUCAUCCUUCACUCUACUUGGGUUGCAAGAGGUAUUGCAAUAUUUAUUGACGUUUUAUUGUGUGUUUUUAAACUUUAUUCUGAUUAUUGACGUUAAUUUUAAAAAGUAACGAAUACUGGAUAGACAAGAUUACAAUGAACAAUAUAUUCAACUUAUCCAACAAUUUAUCUGACUUAACAGCUUUAACCCAAUGUAUAUCAUUGAAUACAAUACUGAAUAUUACGUGAUUACUUGGUACUUGUAACUUGAGAUGUAAUACUGAUGAUACUGUAAUGUUUACUUAACUACUGCAUGUAAUUUUACUGUACUGUUAAUAUGUACUCAGUUUACUGUAACGAAAUAAGUAAGUUAAUUUAUUUCUGACGAAUCAACUGGUUCUCGACUUCAUUUGUACUUUUAGGCAUAGUUUUGCCAUCGUUUUAAAAUAGUUAUUUAACAUGUUAAAUGAACGUAAAACAUUAAUUAAAAUAUAUUAAAGUGACGUAAACCUUCUGGUUAAAAAUUAAACGUUAAUCUGUUAACAGCACAUUAUUGCUUUAAAGGCAUAGUUAAUAGAAAUACUAACAUAAACUACAGGUAUAGUUUUCUAUUUACUAUGAGUGCAGUAAAUUAAUAUGUUUUUUAAAUUCUGAAGUAUUGCCAAUAUUUCUUUUCUAAAUAUUGCAGUAUUCCAACGGUUCGAACUCAAGCCAUUCACCUAACUCUCUGCAGACGAAGAGCAUUCGCUUGAGACUCCGGAAUACUUGGAAGUUCGAAAUAUAUUUGCGAGACCGACUUGCACCCAUGAAUCGUUUCUUUUAAAAUGGUCUUUUUUUCCGUCAUGGCAAGUGCAAAUUAACUUUGUUUUAAUUAAACAACUAUAGUUUUGGCGUUUUAUAUGUCCAGCAAAAAAGAACGAUAGCAAAGGUUAUUUUGUGUAUGUUACCUGCAACCAACACACUAUAUUGCUUCCAUGUCUAAUAACAUGCCAACGGGAAUAAUAUUCCAGUAUUUUGAGACAUGGCGUUGUCAAAUUUAUAGAUUGCAAGUUGUAUUAACAAUAAAUUAUUCCCUAAAAGUAUCGACGUUUCGAACAAAAGCUUUUCAUGGCAAUAUGGCAUACUUCUGACUUCCUGUCGAAAUGGUUUCUGUGUCGAAACUGUAUCGGAUGUUGUCAAUAAAGUGACAAAACUUAAGCAUGGCAUGAGUUCACCCAUUAAUAAACAGUUACUGGAUGAUCCUGGAUAUCCUGACUACGAAAGUCUCCUUCCUUUCACUUUCUACAACUUAUACCUACACUCCCUCUUAAAAAAACCCUGUUGAAGAAGACUGUUCGGUUGAAACGCGUACGGGGUUGCCUUUCUUGCUCAUUUUCAAUCUCAUGCUCUUAAAUCUUCUCCUUGUAUCAUGUCCCACAAAUGUUUCACUUUAGUUCCUAAUUGCAGAUUCCCCAGGUUUUUGUUACAUAUAUUCACCACAGUAGUCGGAGUAAAGAGUAACACAUUUUGGAUACUGGUCCUCUCAUUCUAUAGGUUACACAAUGUCUUACACUUGUCCAAUGACCUAUUUUUAUACAAAAAAAAAUUGAUGAUUUUACUUGUCAAGGGGAAAGUAUUUGUAACUCAACCAAGGCAUGGCAAUUAAAAUUAAUGUAACAACUCCAGUUCUUAAAACAGUAUAUUGUGAACCUUUAUGAUCAUAACCAAUAUAAUUAUAAAAACAUUUAAAAAAUACGUAAACGUUAUCGUAAACGAUUCCUGCAUUUAUGCUUAUUCGAUAGUUUAUCCACUACGUGACUGAACAUGGAAACUUAUUCGUACUGAGACUUUGUUGGACUAGCAUGCAAGAAACAGCUGGUAUACGAUUUGUUAAUAACUGCACUGACAUUAGACGGAACGAUCUAAACCUAACCCAAACCCUGUAACCCUAAACCAACCUUAACCCUAACUGUGACCGUAACCCAAACCCUUGCCAAACCUUAAACCGAAGGCUAACCAGCAGCAAGUUGCAUAUUAACAAAGAUGUGAAAAUUGUUUUGGACUAACUUUCAAGAACCAGAAAAACUCGCCACGGUCCGGUGACAACACUAACGUGACUUAUACAGUAAGUGCUUAAUUUUAACUUGACUUGCCAAAAUACCGUAUAUUAACCAAGCUGUGGAAACUACAUCAACGAUAUGAACUCAACGAUGACUUUACUCAACAGGUUGGUUCUAUUAACACAAAAUUCUAAAAUGAAAGCUACAAAGCUGGCUGUUCUGCAUGUGUUCCAUAUAACGUUACUACGAGUGUUUUCCACUCUUCCUUGAGUUACGGAGUUUUAAAUAAUGUUAUUGCAGACGUCUUGAUUAUGAUGCAUUUUAGACGCUCUUGGUUAUGAUUAAGUUAAGAAGUGACAUCUCUUCCAACCUAAAAAAGACAUCACUUCUUCACCUUAAUCAAGCAUUUUAAAAUAAAUUGUGUGUGUAACAUUGUUUUAACAGAUGUUCAACAAUGUAUAAACUCAAGGGGAAAUAAUUGUAUUUCCUGGGUAUUUUUGCUGAACAGUCAUGAUAACCAUCUAGGAAACAUGUGAGACAGCCAGCUUUGUAUCUUUCGUAUAGUUUAGAUUUUAGAACUUAGUGACGUCACAGACUUAGUUGAAACGAUCUAUGAGAAAGGUCCGGAACAUCGAUGGACCGCUAUUUUGGGGCGUGGGCUGCUCUCGUCAUCAGUGGGAAAUAAUACUUUCGAAAAAUUUAAAAAGUACCUGACAUAAAAAAAAAAGUUAUUUCAGACAGCCAUUUCUUUGAGAAAUUUAUAUAAAUUUGCAACCAUUCAAUAUAAGGGAUCGGUCAUUAUUUAUGGGUGGCACCGAAGAGAAAAUGGUUGGGUAAACAAAAUUUUGAGUAUGUAAAAGGUUGGGUAAAUGAAAAACAAAACAACUUGAGGGUUGGGUAAUGAAAAGUUAUAGUCAUAUGUCAAUACAAUAUGUGAAUCGAUCAGAGUCACUGUCUUGAUCAUUUUCCGAUUUGUUAGGAGACAAAUGGUGUCUCCAAAGAAAGUACAUAACUGUGCAGACAACAUGAAACUUUGACUGCAUGCAAAAAAAUUCGCAAGCCGUUAUCCAACUCGUGUCACAGAAAUGGUAAAGGACAUAUGUGACAACUGAAUGGUAACCUUUUGUAAAGUUUUUGGCCAGGGGUGGGUAUUUAUUUUUUAUUUGAGGUUGGGUAAUCAAAUUUUUGACUUUUUAAUGGUUGGGUCAGCAACAUUUUUGCCACGAAAAACAUUUCUCUUCGGUCCCACCCCCCACCAUAAAUAAUGACCGGUCCCUAAGCUCAGGGCUGGCAUCUAUAUAUACUUUGCCGCACUGAUGUGCACAAAAGAUGAAACAAGUUUUUAUACUAUACAUUAUCGUUUUUUGUUUCAGUUCCCUGUGUGGUACUAAUACUUGGGAGAUUGGUGGUUGGACGUAAUGCUGGGAUUUAAGGUAAAAGCUAUUUAACCUUCAUGUGCAAAUCGAAUUAGGAUGGUAUUUUAGACAAGCCCGUCAUCCGACGGAUCCAUCCAAUUUCAAAAUCAUUACUUCAGGCAAUUCUAAUCCGACAUUCUUAUUACUAUUAGUAUUAAAGAAAACGUACCUACUUGUUGCUCAAAAAUAUUCGAUGAUUUCCAUCUAAAACUUUCCUAUUUUGACAGCUUUUCGUUUGUAAUUUCUAUCAUGUAACACAUAACCACUCUAAUAGCUCUCUACAGAGUUCGUACAAGUUCAAGGCCUUGAAAUUCCUUGUAUUUAUGAAGCGCUUGAACUCGUCUUGCUUUAGUUUGGAUAUUUUCUGAAAUUUGUUUAACAUUAAAAACGGCCAUUUUGUUGAAGAUUUUGCUCAUGUCUUUAAUGAUAGAAAGUUGCCAUUUGAAGAGUUUAACGUCACUUCUUACUGAUCACUAAUGCCUUUCUUUUCUCCCUUUAGUCCUAGCUUUUCCUGAUACAUAGCCUUGAAAGUCCUUGAAUUUUACUCUGACCUGGACGAACCCUGGCUUUCUAAUCUAUAUAUAGUUCAUGAUUAAUCUAGUAAUCUUUUUAUCUUGUAUGGACACUAUGUAGCCAAUUUUUAAUUAAUUUCUAACCGUUGGAAAUGGGUAUAUUUUGUUUAUUUUCAAAUUUAAAAUGUAGUACAAAAUAAGUGCAAAUUUUAAUUGUAUUUAGUCUGAUGAUACAUUUGUCACUUGUGUAUAAGUCCUGUAUUAUGUAGCAAGACCCAUUGGCCUAAAAAAGACCAGGAGCGCUACCUUAAUAGAAAAUAUUCUGUAAUUAAUUAAACUUUGUUAUAUUAAAAUUUCCAUUGCCUGCGGAGGACGCCAAUAUGAAUAUAGAGAAAUUUAUUUUAUGUCUUUUCAACAAAUUAUAACGGGUUCAUUAAACUCUUGUUUCCAUCGUCUUAGCGGUUGAUACAUCAUUCGACAGUGGGUACACUCAGGCAGAGUACACUCAGGCAGAGUACAAUUAUUGGUACAGCCAUUUGCCCGAAGAGGGCACGUGGUCUUAAUCUUCUUCAACAGCAAACAUGGAAUGUAUAUAUUAAACACUGUUUGUUUUAGCUGGUGUUAUUAAGGUCACGUGACACGUAUAGGAACCCAUGGACUGAUUCUCAGCAUAGUCUUUCAAAGCAUGGUUUGGAAACUCCGCUAAAGUCUUUGUUGUUCUAUCUUUUUGUUCGCGUUUUGAACACAUUGUAUUUCAGUAAAAUGAACGAAACAUCCAAUAGCAACGUUUCAGUUCAGUCAUUCAACCAUGCUAUUUAAAUAUUAAUAAACCUAAAACAAAGGAUGUGCACGGUGUAAGGUACGGCUCAACAUAAACUCCCAGCUCAUUAUAACCGCUUUGAAGUUUACUGAGUUUCCAGACCAUGUCUCGAAAGACUAUGUUCUCAGAUACUCGUUUUAUAUUGUCGUCAUUGUCUAAUUAGAUAGAUUUAGAAAACACGACGCAACGUCCAAGACACAGAAUAAAGACAUACAGAAGUGUAUCUUCUUAUUAAAAGUGCGUAAGGGAUUUUUUCAGUCCGCCAUGUUCUUAGCAAGUGCCCUAAAGAGAGGCAGUCACCCCCCUGAAAACAUAUUGAAAAUUUAAUAUUCCAGGGGGGUGAAUGCCUUUCUUUAGGGCACUUGCUAAGAACAUGGCCGCCAGCUAUUUCGGUAAAAAAGCGCCUUACGGUUUUGUAAUGGAAGUUACACUUCUGUAUGUCUUUAUUCUGUGUCCAAGAUGACGUGAAAAUGACGUUAUGCACCUCGCGUUCACUUCCGGGUUUUAAUGUUUGUCUUUUUCGAAGCAAAUUUGUACCUUCGAACGUCUUUGGGGUUGGACUUUAGGUGGCCUACUUUGGUCAACAGACAAUACUAGUUACGAAUGUAUAGAUGGUGAUGGUUUAUAGAUAACAUUUCGGCGUUUCGAACAUACAAUUUCUCCAAAACAAGUUCGGUAAUGUACAUUCCAAAAAUAAUUUAUCUCAUGACACGACCUUUGCAAGGAAAAUGGCAUGACAGAAUUAUUUGUAAUUUUGCCCAUUGUAAGUUUAUGUUGAAAGUAAAAACGUACGAAAAAAUAGUGUCACCGUGCUUUUCUCCCAACUACACGAAGCAAUAGUCUACUUUAGAGUGAAUAUUGUACCAAAGCAACCAGGAAGUAAUUUUUCAAAUCUGACUAUGAGGACUGGGCUAGAUUUCAAGUCCGCGCAAUUUGAUCAAGUCCGAGGCGAAGCCGAGGACUGGGUCAAAGUGCGAAGAUUUGAAAUCUAGUCCAGUCCGAGGAUUUGAAAUGACAUCUCAUAUAAAUCACUACUUAAAAUGAGGUGAAUUAAUUUUGAUCCAGUCCUAGGAGUGGAUCAAUAUACUUCACCAGGUAUCCAGUAUUAUCACGUGAGCAAAAUACAGCAAUAUGGUUGGCUAAUUUACUCAUGAAUUAUUAAAGAUUUGAGAUGAACAUUCCUAGCCUCCUCCGCAGGAAUUUCUAUAGGGUUAGGAUUUUAAAAAUCUAGUUAUCGUUUUAUUUCCAUGGUCCAUACGAGUGGAUGACUUGUUUCUAGCUCAACCACACCACUGUCAUCAAAUGCAUUGGAAGUACUUAUUAACUCACCAAAUUGUAGAGCAUGGCUAG